AUGAUUCUUCUAUCUAUCAAUCAAUUUUUCUAUCUCAGUCUGUUCAUUAUCUAUCUAUCUAUCUAUCUAUUUACUAAAACAUUUGCAUGUCAGGCUACGAACUUAUUGACCCACCCUUGUAUCUGCCUUUGUUCAUAUCUAUCUAUCUAUCUAUCUAUCUAUCUAUCUAUCUAUCUAUCUAUCUAUCUAGUAAAUAUUGUGUUUUAUCUAUCUAUCUAUCUAUCUAUCUAUCUAUCUAUCUAUCUAUCUAUCUAUCUAUCUAUUUUUAUUCUUUCUAUCUAUCUAUCCAUCCCCAUCCCCCCUCUCUCUCUCUCUCUCUCUCUAUAUAUAUAUAUAUAUAUAUAUAUAUAUAUAUAUAUAUUCCGCGAGGAUAUUAAUAAUAAUACUGUUCCUAUCUAUCUAUCUAUCUAUCUAUCUAUCUAUCUAUCUAUCUAUCUUGUUAGCUUUGUAUGCACAGAAAUUUGUGCAUGUUUGAACUCGUGUCUGUCGAAGUAUGUGUAA